AUGGAGGACGACAAGUCAGCCAAGAUCAAAAAGAAAGGAGCCGCUCACCGAAAGUCCUUAUCUUGCGAGUAUUGCAGUCGAUCGUUUGCGCGCCUGGAACAUCUCCAACGCCAUCUCCGCACCCUGCGCCAAUCGCUGAUCAAUCUCAUCUGGCGCAGUGACCUCUUGGUGCGACAUGAGCGAUUAGUCCAUCCCGCCGAGAGUGCAGCAAAUCGUGAGCAUCGUUCGUACAAAAAUAUCGAUAAUAACCAUGACAUUCCCAUCCAAUCCACCAUUAUCCCGCCUGCCCACCAGGAAUCGCGCAUGCUAGAGCUUGCCGACGCUAUCCCCGUCCAUACUCAAGUGCCGCACCCGCCCGAAGUACAAGUCCAGCCCCCACCCAUAGUUGAAACCACGCACUUCAAUCCAUCUUGGGGCUACGAUUUGAAUCUUUUAUCGCAUGCAGCAAGUCAUGUCGCGCUGGAAGGAGAGCAGGAGAGCUUGGAAUCAAUCCGAAAACCUUCGCACUCCGUUGGUCCUUCCUCUCAAUCGAUUCCUCAGUCCCAGGAUAGGACAAUUACCGACAGCUAUGGAGUAGAGCCGUCAAUUCUUGACCUCACUGAUCUCGGAGAUCCCGUUCAAGACUUCACGGUGUUCUUGGAGAGUGUGGGUCUAUCAUCUGAUUGGGACUCGGGGGUGUUCUCGUCGGUCGAGGAACCCAUGUUGCCGCAAAACAUGUCCAUUGACUCGAAACCCACUCCUCGGGAACCAACCAUAUCUGCGAGACUCGGUGGAGAUCUCAUCAAUGACCCGCGAGUCGAUGAACAGCCUUCUUUCUCCAAUUUUGGGUCACGGCUACCGUCCUUGCAACCCGAAUCUCACGAAAUUGACGAUCGAAUCGGCCUUUCAGACGAAUCCACCCGGCCGGCAUGGGACAUAUCGAAUACGGAGCGUCAAGUAUUCGUAUCGAAGCUUGAAGAUUUCUCCUUUGUUCUGCCGAAGGGGUUUGUCCCGCCCUCCCGACACGCGCUCUCUCGUUUCUUUGCGGGAUACAUCAACGGAUUGAAUGAACAUCUUCCGUUUGUUCAUGUCCCCACACUGUCAGUUGCCAAGUGCUCGCCUGAGCUGACACUGGCACUGGCAGCGGCUGGUUCACACUAUCGGUUCGAAAAUAACCGAGGUAUUGAACUUUUCCAUGCUGCCAAAGCUAUCCUCUUGGAACGGCUCCGCCGCAGAGAUAGCAAGCAAGUGCCCUAUCCCACGUGGAAUUAUAUCUCUCCCCCUUCGGGAUUCCAUAACUCUCGCGGGUCUUCGAUUUCCAACGCAGCGAGCAGCCCGUUCCAGCAGCAUCAACAUAUGCCCAAUCCCCCCAUCAACGCAUCGAUAUAUACGCCUGAUGACUCAGACGCUCAUAUGGAAGUAAUCCGGACAUUUUUGCUGCUGACAGUAUUCGCAUCCUGGGAGCGGCAUCCGGAACUAUUGCGGGAAAUUCUCUCGCUUCAAAGCACCCUGGCCAGACUCGUUCGGGAACAUGGCUUGUCAGAACCGGCACCUACCUCAGAGCCCAUCGGCUGGGAAGAAUGGGUUCGACGGGAAGGUAACCGGAGAACGAAGCUCAUUGUGUACUGUUUUUUCAAUCUUCAUUCGAUCAUGUACAACAUCCCUCCCCUGGUCCUGAACGGGGAGCUGAGGUUGAACAUGCCCUCUUCCCAUGACUUGUGGAAGGCGAACAAUGCGACCCAAUGGCGACGACUUCACCGGAUCCGACAAGGGUCAGAGGUCCCUUUUCAGGAAGCAUUUGCUCGACUCUUUCUGAAAUCAGCCACGUCGCUUCCAUCGACACCGAUAUCACCCCUUGGAAAUUAUAUCCUUAUCCAUGCAAUUAUCCAGCAGAUAUUCUUUGCGCGACAGCUUUGUCUGUCUGCCCCCAAUAUGCAGGGCACGAGUUUGAGACAGGAUGACCUGAACGUGCUGGACAAUUCGUUGAAUGCGUGGAAGGCGCUGUGGAAACGCACGCCAGAAUCCAGCAUCGACCCCCAGAAUCCUGCGGGCCCCAUUGCAUUCACAUCAACGGCUCUUUUGGGACUCGCGUAUAUUCGAUUGCACGUCGAUCUGGGUCCGUGUCGUCACCUUAUCACUCAAGACCCGGUGCAAAUCGCAGGGGCCCUGAGUGAAUCACCGCCCAUUGCGCGCAGCCCACGGCUGAUAAUGGCGUUGCUGCACUCGGCCCAUGCGCUUUCAAUUCCAGUGCGACUAGGAAUCGACUUCGUCGCUCGGACCCAUUCGUUCUUUUGGAGCAUCCAGCACUCUCUUUGCAGUCUAGAAUGCGCGUUUCUGCUCAGCCGGUGGCUACUUGCCAUCCCCGCGACACAGCCCGAGCAGAGGUUGUCAGAGCAUGAGCGGAAGCUGCUCUUGUGGAUUAAGAGCAUGAUGGAUGAAACCGAAAUGGCUGUUGAUCCGCCGGGAGCUCCUGACUUGGAGUUCAUGGCCGAUUCGUUCAAGGUACGGCAGCUCAGUGUUGCUAUUGUCCGUGUCUGGGCCCGGACGUUCAAGGGCAAUACUAGCUGGGCUAUUGUGGAUCUGGUCGGAUCAAGCUUGGAUGCUUAUGCCGAUCUACUGGAAGGCUGA